CCGGCUGGUGUCACCCUCGAACAGCUCAAGUUAAAGGCAUUUCCUUUUGCCUUGUCUGAUGCUGCCAAGGAGUGGUUAUUUGAAGUACCUGCUGGAACCAUCACAACAUGGGAUCAAAUGCUAAAAGUAUUCGCAGAAAGAUAUUUUCCAGCAUCUUCAGGAAAGAAAUAUGUGGAAUUCGAAAAGACGAUGCAGAGACACUUCAUGAGUACUGGGAGCGUUUCAAGAAACUAUGUGAUAGUUGUCCAAACCAUCAAAUCAGUGAGCAAUUAUUAAUACAGUACUUUUACGAAGGACUCAAAGAGACAGACAGGAAUCUAGUUGAUGCAGCAAGUGGUGGAGCACUGGUUGACAAAACACCCGCCGAGGCAAAGAAACUGAUUGCAAACAUGGCUGCAAACUCUCAGUAUCGAGGAGGUCGAAAUAUCAAGUCCACCUCAGUACGUCAAGUUAAUGAAGUGGUGAGUUCUAACCUCGAGCAACAAGUAGCUAAACUCACUUCCUUAGUGGAGCGAGUAAUGAUCGAAAAAGGGCAAGAAAAAGUAUGUGGCCUUUGUUCAAUGGUAGGACACCCAACUGAUAUGUGUCCUACUCUGCAAGAAGAAGAAAUGAAUUCGAUUGGUGGUGGUCAGGGGCAGCAAAGACGUUAUGAUCCAUUCUCUCAGACUUAUAAUCCGGGGUGGAGAGAUCAUCCAAACCUGAGAUAUGGUAAUGCUCAGCAGAAGGCAGGAAACUCUAACCUCAGACCACCAGCUUUCCAGCAACAGCAAGCUUCUAAUCCUCCACCUGGGUUUCAUCAGCAACCACAAUAUCAGCCGCGACCUCAAAAUCAACAAGUUUCCCAGCCACAAUCUGGUAGCAUGUCUCUGGAAGAUAUUGUGAAGGCAAUGGCUGACAACACUUUGCAUUUCCAGCAAGAGACAAGAAGUGGUCUAAAGAACUUGGAGAACCAAGUUUCUUAGUUAGCUAACACAGUGGGAAAGCUCCAAGCUCAGAACUCUAA